AUGGCAGAUGUCAAUGCUAGUCCUCCGAACAAGCAACGCAAAAAAAGUGCAAAAGAAAAUAUGCAAGCAGAGGCCAGCUGGGACGGACAACUCGAUGGAUUCGUUGGGUCGGUACCGGGGGGCCGAAUGGAGGUGAAUAUUGGGGCUGGCUGCGAGCGGAGCGUCCAGCGUCCAGAGGACAGGCAACCGUGGCGGGCGUUGGGGGACGGUACAGCGCUGUGGAGCGCUGUAAGCAACGCGCCCGUGGAGGACCAGCAGCUGAGAGCAGGAGCAAACGUGUGUGAAAAUUUCGUAACGCGCCUGCCUUCAGUGCUGCACGGGUCGCAUCAACAACCACCGCAGUGCAAGGCCACUGUAGUAGAUCCCAAGCUUGGGGCAGCACUGGCUAGCCUUUCUUUCAAGACGGGGGCCCCUUUGCUACCAGGAGGCACGAGACACGGGUGGUGGGAGGAUAGGAUGGAUUGA